CGGGCCGCCCCCCUUCAUCAUCCUCCCCCCGUCGGGGCAGUGCGCAGGCUCAGCGCAGGGCUCAGCUCCGCACACCCCAUCAUGGCGCUGCGGCGGCCGGCGCUUCUCUUGCUGCUGCCCCUGUUCGGCUACAGACUCUUGGCUGUGGAGCUGACAUCCAGCAACACCAAACCCGUGGUGCAGGAAUUCCAGAGUGUUGAGCUGUCCUGUAUCAUUAAAUCAACUGUAACGCCGGAUCCCAGAAUCGAAUGGAAGAAAAUCCGAGAUGGAGAAACCUCUUAUGUAUUUUUUGACAAUAAAAUGCAGGGUGAUUUUGCAACAAGGGCAGAAAUCCUCAGCCGGACAUCACUGGUGAUUAAAAACACCACGCGGAUGGACACGGCCACGUACCGCUGUGAGGUGGCAGCACCUUCUGAUACCAAAACCAUAGAUGAGAUAAACAUCCAGCUUACAGUCCAAGUGAAACCUGUGACUCCAAGAUGCACAGUGCCUAAAGCUGUCCCUGUGGGUAAGACGGCCUCCCUGCACUGCCACGAGAAUGAAGGUUACCCCAAGUCUACGUACAGCUGGUAUCGCAACAGCGAACCUUUAUCGCCGGACACGAAAUCGAAUGCCAAGCUCCAGAAUUCAUCCUACAGCUUGAAUCCCACCACAGGAACUCUGGUUUUCCAUGCUGUGCACAAAGGUGACACAGGUCGUUAUUCCUGCAUUGCAACAAAUGAUGCUGGAUUUGCCAAGUGUGAGGAGCAGGAGAUGGAAGUCUAUGACCUGAACAUCGGUGGGAUCAUUGGUGGGGUCCUGGUGGUCCUGGCGGUGUUGGUGCUCAUCACACUCGGUAUCUGCUGUGCCUACAGGAGGGGCUACUUUGCAAACAGCAAAGACAGUGGGGAGAGCUACAAGACUCCAGCAAAACCCGACUGUGUUAACUACAUCCGGACAGAUGAUGAGGGCGACUUCAGGCACAAGUCUUCGUUUGUCAUCUAAGAUGCCAAAAGAAAAUUGCAAAGUGUGCAAAUACCUCCAGGAACUCGAAGCCAGAGCAAAAGAUGAAUGAAGUGCGCUUGGAAGAGUUUGGAACACACAAGAACUCGAUAGCUAGCUGUAGAUCUUUUUGUUUUCUUUGCCAAAGUUUAAAGCAACUCCUCACUGCCCAACCUGCAUCUCUCUGACUCCGGAGACACCAACAGGAUCCCUUAAACCUUGGAGUAAGGAAGGGAAAUACUUCCCAAGAGACUGUGCUAUGGAAGCCUGUGGAAUUGCCUUCUCUUUGUGCUGCAGGGACACGGCCACAGUGUGCAAAGCAACCAGGGAGCAGCAUUACAUAGACAUUACUAGGAUGAGUUACUAGUAGGAUCAAAAGGUGCUGAUACAGCAAUAGGACUGCAAAGAGUAAGUGUUACCCAUUUACCCAUGCAAAGGGAAAGUCCUCGCAGCAGUUUGUUGCCCAGGUUGUGACUUGUGAUUAUCUUGUGCUUCUAUGACCAUUCAGGUGUGAACAGGCACCCAACUAGUUGACAGACACACGUACAGCAAACACAACUCAUGUUCUCAGCCCUUUUUGUUGCUUAUUGAGCCCUCAUUGCUCUGUUUAACAAGAAACACGGGCAGCAUCAGGCUGAAGGGCUGCUGCUGCUCACUGCUUUACAGGUAACCCCACAUUGUAAUCUGCACAAAGCAGGCUUCCCUCUUGCAUCUUACUGAGGCUCACAGUGCAGGCACAGAACCCAGUGUGCUAAGUUAGCCCUUACAGGAAAAUCAAAGCCAAAUAUUUCUAUGGGCCCAAAGGCCCAGCAAAGGUACUGAGAUGUUUGUGAGCUUUUCUCUUUUUAACCUUCUCCUUUUCUUUUGUAAAACCCCACAUCCUAAAUUUUUUUGCAAAGAUCUAUUUUGAUUACUUCAGAAAAGGUAACGUUUCUAUUUCAAGUGUAAAUACGUGAUGCCAGCCGUGUUUAAGUAACGUGGCUAUUUUUUUACUUCCCAAGAUACAGAGGAGAGCUCAGACGUUGCUGUACUAUGGCACAGUCAGAGCAGCUCGGUGUUACUGCAGUGUAAUACAGAGCUGCAGGUACAACAGCAUCUCUUCCCUCCUCAGCCCCCCUCAGCUAUUUCCUUGCCACGUGAGGUCUUACAAGACCCAGAACAGAGUCACUCAGGGAUCGUUUUUGUAGAUCUAUAGCGGGACCUAUCGACUUUUUUAUACAUUGAACUUUUCUUGCCAGCGACCAACGCUUUGUUUUUGGUGUCGCAAGAAAUAACCCAGGGAUGGCUGUUGGGAUUCAGUUCCAACAAGGUGACAGAGUGACUUUAAUGUUUGCUCAACCCCCCUCUGCAAAUUCCCUGAGGCACUAACAUGGUGCUGGGACAGCUGUGGCAACGUUACAGGUUUAGAUGCAUAGCCAAGCAACUGCUUCUGGAGUUGGGAAAGCAAAAGGUCAACACAGAAGCACUUUUGUAGUGUUGGUUGCAACUUUUACCAGCUAGAGAAAAAAGAAACCAAUAAAAAGAAAGCGAUCUAAUUCUCUUUGCGUUAAAGAGAAGAAAUGGAAACUCAUGUUGAUGCAUGAGUUGAUACUGCUUUCCAACACUGGGUUGCAUAGAGCUGCAAGAUGUGGAUGCAACACUAGGACUGUGCUGUGGUUGAAGAACUUUUUUCUUUUUAAAUGUAGCAUAAUUGAGUGUUCUUGUAUUUCCAAUAUGAAUUGUCUUCACUCUCCCCGUAGGCAGCGUUUUGAAUACUUGAUGAUUUGGACUGUCAGUGUUAUUUUGUUUUAGCGUUCUGCAUUCAUCUGCUUUGUUUGCUAGGGGCCUCGCUGGACAUGCCAUUACUGCAUUUGUUCUAUUUAGAUUAAACAUUACCACUUUUCCUUUUGCUAAGGAAAGCAAAACUAAAGCCAAGGCAGCGAUUUCUUUCUAUAACCAAGACGUGGCUGUUUUUCAACUCCAUUUUGGCAGCCUUCCUAAGAUGGGCACACAGUGGCAUUCACUGCACGCUGCCUCUCAUCAUUACAACAGCAGUGAGCGUAACAUUCCUUUGCACUUUCUGUACAUCCACCCUUCUGUGCUGCUUGUAGGAUCCUCAUAAUAAAGGAGAGAAGGUAAAUGGCUGAACCAGGGUAGCUCUGAGAGUACAAUCUACAGCCUUGCUAUGAGCCAAAGGCAGCCUUCAUGGGGGAAGCCUGCAAACUAAGAAUCACAACUUAUCAUUCAGUUCUGCAAUGUGACAGUGGCAUCUCUAACGAGAGGAGGGGAAGACGACCCCCAAAGCACAGCUCAUGAGAUCUGAUGGAUGGAACUUGGAUCAUUGUGAAUAAUUUUUAGGUUUGUACUAAUGUAUGACGUUUAACUUUGCCAAGAAUGUUUUACAUAAAUACCUGAGCUCUGAA